GCUUUUUGCACAGUGAUAACUCUGAAGCAACGACUCAUCAUCCCCUCUAAAACCCACUCCCUUAAAACCCUCGUACAAUUCAUCUCCUACAUCUUUAAAAAAAAAAACUUGCCUUCUUUUACUCAUCUCUACUCUUCUCUUUCACAUGACCUCAAUUUUUUUGUCUUUUAAUGGACCAAAAAAGUAAACUGCUUUUUCUUCUUUUAUGAUGAUAAAUUCAUUCAUAUCAUAUCAUAAAAAAGCAAAAAAAAAUCCCAUUCUGCCAUGAACAGGACUUUGAUCAGAUACAGAAAAUUAAAGAGAGAAUCCAACUCUAUUUUUUGAUCAUCAUGGUGAAAAUAUAAAAGUGAUAAAAAUCCCAAAUUUAAAUAAAAAAUUUAAUAAUUUUUUUUAUGGGACCCUUAAAACCUGCAAUAGAAAUGAGUGGCACUGCACCAAGUAAUGUUUUUCUUCUCUCUACAUUUUCUCUCUCAUCCUCUGAUAUUUCCCCUGUUUUUUGCUCUUGUGUUAUGUGUGUGUGGUUCUUCUUCUUCUCUUUAUCCUGAUUAAUGGGUCCAUUCUCUGCAUAUUGAAUGAAAUCCCCUUUAAAUUUUUCUUGGCUUUUUGAACAUUAUAUGUAUAUUCCUUUCUUUUAAUUGGUCUAUCUAAAAUGGGUAGCCUUUUUUUUGGACUUACACUUGUGUUUUUACUUUGAAUAGUUAUACUACAGUAUUUUUUAUUGUGAUUUUCAAAUAUUUCCUCUAAUGGCUUAACUUUCUACAUUUUGGAUUUUUGCUACUCAUUUAGUUGGGUUGUUGGUUCUUGAAAGAGAAGGGGAAAAAAGAAUCCCAUUUUCCUGUUUCAUUUUACUGUUUUUCUUUUUGUUUUGUGAAAAUCAGUGGGUAAUUAAUACUCCUGUUUAUUUGAAUAAUAUUACCCGCCUACAUAUUUCUAUUUCAUUGGAGUAUGGUUUUUGUGUAAUUUUAGUAAGGUGGGGAUUUGAAGUAACUAGGAGUACUUCUCUUCUCAAGUCUUUUUCUAAACCCUGGUUCCUUUGUUUCUGACUGAAUCUUUUGGGUUAAAACUAGCCAAAACUUGAAACUUACUAGUCUCGUUUUAAGGCCCUUCAGUUUAGUUUCUCUAAGUCCAAAAGAACGAAGCUUGAUUCGAGCCUGAUCCACAGGUUUUUAGUGGAGAAAGUUGUUUUUGGAGUAUCAAGGGAUUUUUAUAAUGCUCAAAACAACAAACAAAGAAAGAAAGAGUUCAGUUGAAUUCUGAAUUAUCACUCUUUUGAGGUGCGUGCCUAUUGGUUCUGGAAGUCGAAGAAUGUGAAAGCUUGCAUGGUCCCCUGCAGUCAAGAAUGGUCAUCUGAAUGCGCGUAAUCUGAUUGUGGCUUUCUCCUGAAUGUUAAGAUAGAUACACUGCUGAAAGAUCAUGGAGAGCGAGCCACACAUGCAAUUAGAUCAUCCUAGCUGUAUACCUACAGUCAUUGACGGAUUCCCUUCUCAAACAUUGUCAGAAUCACAUCUUCGAACCACUUUUUUUCAACUAAACACCCAGAAUGAUGAUAAUAGUAGUAUGCAUGGAUUUCCAUUACUUCCAUCAUUUCAAGGGCAAUCCUUCAGAGAUAUUCAUGCUGAUAAAACUGUCAGCUAUGAUGGAUCGAUCAAUAGAGGUAACUCUAAUCUUCAAGACCUUUGCUUGGGAGGUGCUAGUUUUGCUUCUGGUUCAUUACCUACUAUUCUAAACAGCAGAAAUGGACUCAAUAAUGAUGCAAAUAAUUCAGUCAUCUCUCUUCAACAAGAGGUAGUUCCAUCUGAAUCUCUAAGAGCCAUGUUCUCAGGCGGGUGCUCCUACGCCUCAAGUUCCUCCAUCCCAAUCACGCUGAACUGUGGUUAUGAUGGUUCAUUUGGCUAUGACAGAUUUCUGAUGCAACAAGAGAUGAACUGGAGAGCAUCAGCAUCCGGGUUGGAACCUAUACGGUUCAACGAGAGUCAAGAUGCACAUAAUGGAUGGGUUUUGCCAAGCUCAGAAAAUGUUUGCACAAGUCAUCCUUAUGGAACUUCUACAUCUCAUAAUGAGCUCUCUCUGAGUCUUGCUACUUGUAGGCCUUCUCUUCCUUCAGACUUGACCAAGUUAGGUUCAGAUCACAGUUCUCACUGUAGCAAGGAGCUCUCUCUUGGUUGCACUUCGAAUAGUAGGUCUGGCCAGUUUUCUCCAAUAGUAUCAGGUUCGAGAUAUCUUUCUGUGCUUCAGCAAAUACUUUCAGAAGUCGCAAGUUAUUCACUUGACAGUUUAGACAAGACCAGUAAUUGCAGUGGCAAUUUAGGGAACUCGAGUUUAAAUCUUCCAUUCACUUCAGAUCAUAUCUGUGAUCCUGGUUCUUCAUCGAAGGAUGCCAAUGAGUUACAUGAUGAUGGAUCAUUUGAAGUUCUAGCUGGAAGUUCAAAGAAGUCACAGAUGUUAGCUUUGCUACAGAUGGUUGAUGAUCGCUAUAACCGCUGCUUAGAUGAGAUACACAUGGUAAUCUCUGCAUUCCAUGCUGCAACUGAGCUUGACCCUCAACUGCAUUCUUGUUUCGCUCUUCAAACAAUCUCAUUCUUCUACAAAAAUCUGAGAGAAAGAAUCAGCAAUCAAAUCCUAGCAAUGGGAAUGGAUAAUACAAGUGUGAGAGACAGUGUGGUAUCAGUUGACAAAUCCUUCAUGUCAAAGCAGUGGACGCUCCAGCAGUUGAAGAGAAAAGAUCAGCUAUGGAGACCUCAGAGAGGCUUGCCAGAGAGAUCUGUUUCUGUAUUACGAGCAUGGAUGUUCGACAACUUCCUUCACCCAUAUCCAAAAGAUGCAGAGAAGCACUUGCUUGCCAUUAAAAGUGGAUUAACAAGGAGCCAGGUUUCAAAUUGGUUUAUCAAUGCUCGUGUUCGUCUCUGGAAACCUUUAGUAGAAGAAAUGUGCUCAGAGAUAAACCGCAAAAAGGGGAUCGUUCGCCAAAAUGAUGAAGGAACCAACAACACUAGUAAUAGUAGAAGCCAGUUAAGAAUCUAUGACUUCGACCAAAGGUUCAGCAAUUGAAUUGAGCUCAAGCUAAACUUGAGAAAAGGGCAGGGCAGUUACUGGUAGACUCUAGUUACUUGGCAAGGUGAAUAUGAAUAUAUGUUAGUAGUAUGUUACAUAUGGCUAUGUAUAGUUAUUAGCAUUUGCCUAGAAAAUUAAUGCAAUUGUACAUAAAAUUCUUAUAUGAAGACUCCAGUGGUUCCUGAGCUGCUACAAUUUUACCGGCUUUCAUAGGUAUCUGGAAGUUUGCUGUAGCAUUUGGGGGUAGGAUCACAUAUUGGUAAUUUUGUAUGGGUUUUUUGAUGAAUUAAAAGUUGGCUAAUUUUAUGUGUUA